UGCCUUGGAUGUGCUCAACUUGAAGAGAUACUGUUGCAGACGUAUGCUUUUGACUCAUGUCGAUCUUAUUCAGAAACUGCUAAGUUAUACACCAACAUCAUCAGGAGGACUCAAGAGAAGAUAAACAAUGAAGCGAAACAGUUCAUUAUAAUUAUCACGACACCGUUACACCUACACCAUCAAACAAACCAACCAAACAUUGAACAAUACGACUCGACACUUCUUUCUCUCUCUCUCAAUGGGCAACACACAGAAUCCAAUCGACCAAUCGAUCAAUCGAUCAAUCAAUCGAACAAACGAUCAAUCGAUCAAUCA